AACUGCUUGAUUGAAAUGGGCCUUUUAAGUGUUGAAGUAUUUUUCUUAUUAUCGGGAAGUUUGGUGCAUUGUGACAAUUGCUUCGAUGAAUAUUCUGCAAUACAGUAUAACAGGUACAUAGAACACCAGGUGUUCAGGAAAGUUGCAACUGAUGCUCUCUACUCCUGUGCAGCAGAAUGUCUGAUGUCCUCCGCCUGUCUGUCCUUCAGUUAUGAACUUGAGUCACGCACCUGUUUCCUCAACAGUAACAGCAGUGACCGCGUGGAUGUUGUGCAUCGACAAGGGUUUGUCUUCAGCAACAUCGAAGGCUGGCCCAAGUAUCUCGUUGGUGGGUGUACUGAGGCGUCAUUUCCGGCGACAUCAAGGUGCGAAGCAAAUCGCCUGGGCGUCGCAACGUCUACACGAGAAUUCCGAGGCUGUGGAGACCCCCCUAAAGUAACCGGUGCCAGGGCAGAGUAUGACGGACAUUACCUGGGAGCUGUGACGAGAUACACGUGCACAGGGAACUUCAAACAGUGCAAUGACGUCUUCACUAGUGUGUGUCAGGCCACUGGACUGUGGAGCAAUGUGACAGGCGCAUGUGCACAGAACAGGUGGCGCACCCUGAUGAGCGGCUUCAAAGGCGUCUUCCCUUGCGGUUCAUCAGACAAGUUCAAGCUGCAGAUCAUUUUAACACCAACUGUAACUGACAGAGCUAAUAUUGUCUUGAGAAAUGGUGCAAACGUCUUGUGGGUGGUAGAAUUUCGAUUCCUGUGUUUUAUUGACAUUUGGUACCACAACCAAACAGUCUUCAACGCCAAAAUAAAUGACCAGUGGGGUGAUCAGAUUACUGUGCCUUGGCUGCAUCUGAUUGCGGGGCAAAUGUCUGAGGUUGUGAUGUCUCUGGACAGUGGAGUAUAUAUGCUUGACGUAGAUGGGUUCAGCUUUGAUGCCUUCCCCGAGAGACUUCCCGGGAUUCAGCCUGAUACCCUUCAAAUCACUGAUAACCUCUCCAUUACGUCCAUGGACAUAACAGUGAAUUAACCCUUACCCUUUACUCAAAGACAGCGGCUUGCUCGUGUGGCGAUCGCAAUGUGCCGAUUUCUGCAUGAACGAGAGCCAUCGACUGUGAUUAUCUUAAAUUCUCGAACAAAUCCUAAUUGAGACAUACACAUUGUAACUGAACACUUCUAAAUGAAA